AACCUGAUCACUACCUUCAAGCUAAUAAUAAAAAAUAUUAAGGAUUCUUCAAUUCUACCUAAACAAAGGGGACGAACAUGACCUCGCUGCCGUACGCCGACGUCGACUUCAGCCUCCGAUCCAUUGCCGGCCGUGCAGAGGGAUUCGGCCGUUUCGCCAUUGGUGGCCUCCAUGGUCCGCUCUAUUACGUCACCACAUUGGCCGAUGAUGGUCCUGGAUCGCUCCGUGAGGGUUGCAGAAGAAGACAACCACUAUGGAUUGUUUUUGAGGUUUCGGGUACCAUUCAUCUUUCAUCAUACUUAAGUGUGUCUUCUUAUAAGACAAUAGAUGGCAGGGGUCAAAGGGUUAAGCUCACUGGCAAGGGCUUAAGAUUGAAAGAAUGUGAACAUAUUAUCAUCUGUAACCUUGAGUUUGAAGGUGGUAGAGGACAUGAUGUUGACGGCAUUCAAAUAAAGCCAAAUUCUAGGCACAUUUGGAUAGAUCGAUGCAGCCUUCGUGAUUAUGAUGAUGGACUUAUUGAUAUCACCAGACAAAGCACCGAUAUCACUGUUUCGAGAUGUUACUUUGCACAGCAUGACAAGACAAUGCUUAUUGGAGCAGACCCCUCUCAUGUUGGUGAUAGAUGCAUCCGAGUAACAAUUCACCAUUGUUUUUUUGAUGGAACACGGCAAAGACAACCUCGGCUUAGAUUUGGGAAAGUUCAUUUGUACAACAAUUACACAAGGAAUUGGGGAAUUUACGCUGUUUGUGCAAGUGUAGAAUCUCAGAUAUUUUCUCAAUACAAUAUAUAUGAAGCAGGACAGAAGAAAAAGACCUUUGAAUAUUAUACAGAGAAGGCAGCAGACAAGGAAGAGGCCAAGUCUGGUUUAAUAAUAUCUGAAGGAGAUGUAUUCCUUAAUGGAGCUCAGUCAUGCUUAUUAACCGGUGUUGGUGAAGAAUGUGUGUUCCAUCCAAGUGAAUAUUAUCCAACAUGGACACUAGAAGCUCCAUCAGAUUCCCUGAAAGCUGUUGUCCAAAUCUGUGCAGGUUGGCAGUCUAUUCCUCGACCAGAAGAGAUGAUCAUACAGUAGUUGUAUGGUUCCUGAUGAUUUUGUUUGCAUCACUUGCCCGUUUGGAUGUAUCUAUUUUUCAUUUCUUUCCCCAAGAGAGUUAUUGGGCUCUUUCCCUCUAUUUUUAGGAGGAAAAGAAAAUAUUGAGGUUUGAAGUUUUUGUUCUUAUACCUAUUUAUCCAAAUAUGACAAUUAUAUUAUAUUUUAUGUACAAAAAUAUUUUUUUUUAAAUAAAUAUUGAUUCUGAUU